GCAUAUGGCUUUACGGUGGCGGGCUUCGCGGAUUCAAUUUCCGCGAACGCCAGAAGCCGGGUAACAAGACUUUCGGAGCGAGACAGCUUGCGAAUGCCCGAGACGCGCCAGAGAAAAAUAAGGUAACACGCCGUGAUAAAGAAAACAGUGAGAUAUUCACGCUUGUCCGCGAAGAAUCUCGGCGUUUAACAGAUAUAUUCAUAAAGGACAGACUCUUUCUCUGCUGGCUUACUCCCCGUACUCGCUUAAUUGAUUUGAUACACGUUCCCCCACGUUAUUCCGGCAGCACGCUACAAACAACUCAUAACGGGCAAAGAUGUCUCACGAAGGUUCCAACAAGCCCUCCGAAUCGUUUUUUGGUGACGAAGCCUUUCCAGGUGAUGAAAUGGAUGGCCCCCACGCGGACGAAAACUUGGAUAACCAGUUUGACCUCCUUGGCCAGACUCCAGUUUCAGGCGACGGACGCGAAGAAAGCCGGGAGGCUGAUGAGAACAUCUUCGCCUCUGAUGGCUUUGGUUCCAACCCACAAACGGAACAGGAGAUUUUCAACCAGCCGCUGCCGUUUGGGUCGUCUGCCUUUCCUGAAGCGGCCCCUGAGGCUUCACAACCGGGUUCAGAGCUUGGGUCGCGUGAUCCUAGUUUAGGGCCUGACUUCUCGGCAUUUGGAGACAGAGAUGAUGAGCCAGACUUUGCUUCGGCCCAAUUCUCGUUUGAACAGCCCCAAAUACUGCAGCAAACGGCUCCAGAACCGGGUACUGAGCCCAGUAUUCCAUCGUCCGUCGAGUCCUCUGUUGUCCCACAACCGGAAACCCAGACCGAUUCUUCAACCGAACCUGUGUUGCCAGCUGAAUCUGUCGAGUCCGAUGUUUUGUCAGAAGCUUCGCGUGAGACAACUUCCCCACGCGAGAAAGCAGCGCCAGAGGCGAUUGAUUCUAAAGCCUCACCACAGAUCCCAGAAUCAACCCAAGACAGGGUAGAGAGUUCCGUCCCAGAUACACCGUCAUCCAACCUCUUCGACGGGGCGACCCCUGAACUAGCGUAUCCCAUCUCUGGGUCGCCAGCACAUUCGGAUGCCCUUGAUCCCGAACUUCAAAGUGUGUUUGGAGAGGCAGAGUCCGAGCCUGCCCGAGCCCCUACGGAAGCUGUUGUGGCGGAGAGUUCCUCGGGUACCGACGACUUCGACCCGGCUUUAUUUGGAGCCGCCGGUGAGCCUAAGCUCUCGCCCCCAGAGACUGAGUCAAAGUCUGAGUCGGUGACCGCGAAGCCUGAAGUUAUUGAGACGCCUAUCCCGCAGGAACAGAAUGCAGAUGUGGAUAUGGCCGAUGCCAGUCUGCUGAGUUCCAUCGACGACAUCAAGCCAUUUGACAAAGAGGCAGAUUCGGCUGAAAAGUCUGACGCUGAUGACGACAUCUUUGGCUUCAAAGAGGAAAACGACGAUUCUAUAGAUGAGGAGGAAGAGGAGGUCGUAAAGAGACCAAAGAAGAUUAAGGAUACUCCUUCUCUCGAAGACUUAUCAAACGAUGACAUUCAAGUCUCCGAUAGAAUGGAUGUGGAAGACGCCGAGAGUAAUAACUCUCCAGUGGCAGUCCCAGAGGUUCUCAGGCCUUUGGACGAAGUCAAGACCGAAGCUGAGGAAGAUGAAUCAGCGAAGGAACCGGCAGAGGAAGAGGACUACGUCAAACAAACACAUACCAUUGUGAUCCCAUCGUAUGCUUCGUGGUUCAAGUUCCAAAACAUCCACAAGAUUGAACAGGAGUCGUUGCCAGAGUUUUUCAACAAGAAGUUUAGAUCCAAGACCCCAGAGAUUUACGCGAGAUACCGUAACUUCAUGAUCAAUGGCUACAGAAUGAACCCCAACGAAUAUUUGACCCUCACCUCCUGUCGCCGCAACUUGGUCGGUGACGCCGCGACAAUCUUGCGUGUACACAAGUUUUUGACCAAAUGGGGUUUAAUCAACUACCAGGUGAAUGUCCAGUUUAUGCCACAGAUCGUUGAGCCUCCUUCUACCGAGGACUACCAAAUCACCUAUGACACCCCACGUGGGUUGUUCCCAUUUGAAACCUUCAAGCCUCCAAUGGAGUUGCCCGAUCUUUCCCGGGUCAAGGAGUUGCUCAACGUUCCAUCUGCAGAGGCGAAAAAGCGAUCCUCCGAUGAUACCGUCAACGGCAAUUCUGAAAGCUCCCACUCCGAUGACACCACCAACGGCAAACCCCAAAUCAAGAGGCCAAAGGUCUUGCAAACGGGUGACACCAAAUCUGGCUGGUCCGAAGACGACUUGAAAAAGUUGAUCGAAGGCAUAACCCAGUAUAAGCACGACUGGGUCCAGGUAGCAGAACACGUGGGCAACAAAUCGGCAGAGCAGUGCAUCAUCCGUUUCCUUCAGUUACCAAUUGAAGAUGCCUACUUGGAGAAAGAUGUAGACUCUUUAGGAGUCUUGAAGUAUGCUCCGCACUUGCCUUUCUCACAAGCUGACAACCCCGUCAUCAGCACCGUAGCCUUUUUAGCCGGUUUGGUGGAUCCGGAGGUCGCUGCCGCUGCUUCGACUCGGGCCUGCAUCAUGGCCGACGCGAAAUUGACGGAGAAGAUCAAUAAAGGUAAGGACGAGAAAGUUGACGCUACUUCGGGCAGUGCGGCUACCAAAGAAAUUGCUGCUACCGGCGUCGGUAUCAUUGCUGCUCGUAGCCACGUCUUUGCCACGAUGGAGGAAAGAGAGUUGCACCAAAUGACCCAGCAGUUGGUUAACCAGCAGUUGACCAAGGUGGACUUGAAGCUCAAGAAGUUGGAAGCAAUCGAGAGACAAUUGGAGUACGAGAAGAAGGUCUUGGCCAAGCAACAGGAGGAAACUUUCCUUAGCCGCUUGACCUUGAAUAUGAAUGUAACUAACAUUGCCGCCAAGUUGGGUGUAGCCAUUGAGGCCUUGUCUUCCACUUUUGGUCCAGAUGCCGCUACCUCCAAGGCUUCUCAGCUCAUUGAUGAAGCCAGGCAACUUCUCGCGUCUCCUCCAAAAUCAUUGUUAUCUAAAUCAUUGAUUAGUCUUGGUAGAAGCUCCGAAGCCGAUUCACCAAGUGCUGGGAAUCCAUCCGAUAACAGCCAGAGAGUCAAUGCCGAUGGUGCGGUGAGCGAAGAAAACUUGGCUCCUAUUAGUGUCCAGGCCCCUCAAGAAUUUACCUUCUGGCAAGCUUAGUUCUUACUUAUAUCUUUGCAUAAACCUCUCCCGCUUUUUCUCAGCUCGUCUUUUCGUGUAUAACCUUUCUUCCGUUAAUAUGUACUAUAUUUUCCCUUUUAUAAAAUUUUCAACUCAUACUUUAACUUCUCAAAGGGUUUUACCCUGUCCGAAGGGUUCCAUUGGCGUCUGAACGGAAGCUUGUAAGGUCUGUCGGCGGUUAUUUAAACUGCAUAAUGCAUAACUUUGAAUUUCUGGAAAUUUGAAAAUCACUUUGUAUCAUGAGC